AAAGGCUCAACCCUCCAAUAUAUUCCUCGUGCCUCUUCAUUUUCAAAUUUUAUUUCUCUCUAACUUUACCAAUUCCGAUUUGGUGUUUGUUAUUAUUUUUUCAAACGAGUUAAAAUUUAGCUAUGGCUGGUUCGCCGGAGUUCGAUGAGUUUUCCGGGCAGAAAACGGUUAAGUUGCCGGAGAAGAACAGUUUCUCGCAGAAGUGUAGUUUGUUAAGUCAGUAUUUGAAAGAGAGAGGUAGUUUUGGUGACCUUAGCCUCGGCAUGACGUGUCACAACGCCGGCGACUCUUUUAUUUCCAACGGAAAUGGUACAACUAUGAAUUUGUUUCCAAUGAGUGAAAAACAUGGUGAUAACAAGAGUGUUCAUACUAAUUUUAGAUCCAUGGAUUUGUUCCCUCAAGAAUCUGGUUUUACUGAAGAUUUUCCAAAGAGGGUUAAUUCAAGUGUUAACAAGGCUGGGAGUGGGAGCCCAGAUGGUCAAACUGCACCAUUGACUAUUUUUUAUAAUGGACAAGUGAUUGUGUUCAAUGAUUUUCCAGCUGAGAAAGCUAAGGAAAUUAUGGCUUUAGCUACCAAGGGAAGUUCUUGUAAUGGCUCUCCUGCUCUCCCGGUCAGGAAUCAUUCCCCUGCUUUCGUUCCUAACGUUGCGAAAACCCCCGUUGAAUCCGUUCCAUGUAUUUCGAACAUUGUUGUUCCUACUUUCGGCAAUAAUUUGAUUCAGGAACGCGUGCAGCCUCUUCCUCAGCCUAUUGCAACUGAUCUACCGAUUGCAAGGAGGGCUUCGCUUCACCGGUUCUUGGAGAAGAGAAAAGAUAGGAUUGUUGCGAGAUCUCCAUACCUAACAAGCGGCAUAUCUUCGCCGUCGAAGCCAGCAUCUGAAAGCAAGUCAUGGCUUGGUCUUGCUGCUCAAUUUUCACAAUAGAUCCACUGCUAAUUAUAUUCAUAUUGAGUUUGUUCUUAUGUUAUUUGUUUUAGGCCUCUGCUUUUUUCAAUCUUCUAUUUUGGGAGGUUGAGUCCUCUGCUGUAUCUCAUAGCUUUGAUUUUUGGUUGUUUAAAGCUGAGGCAUUCAGAUUAUAGAUCUAACUGUUUAUUAAUCUCACUAUUAGUUCAUGUAAUUAUACCUUUAUUAAUGAAAAAGCAAAUAGCUAGUGAUUAUUUUACUUUA